CCUCUUUCCCCUGACCCUUUGCACCCGACGAGCCUUGUUACCGCCCCCCUUUUUCCGGCCGGAAAUCCGGCAAAGCUUGGGGAUUUCUCCUUAUUUUCUUGUUUUAAAACACCUGUUGAACCCAGAAAUCUCCCUCCCCUGUUGGAAAAUCCGGAUCUGCCCUGCUUUGCUCUGCCCUUCCGCCGGCUGCUCCUACCUUGUGGGGGUGAUUUGCUCCGAUUUUGGCCGUGAGCUUUCUUCUUCCAUGCCGCCGGCAACUUCCCCAACCUGCAGUCCGGUUUCUUUGCUUGCAAAUUCUGGUUUUGAUCGUUCUGUCACCGUAGCACUUGGGUUAGCCUUCUGUUCUGUGCGAGUGAGGUAAGUAAAUUAUGGUAAAACCCUUUGAUUUUAAAGCAUGUUUUAAACUGUUUUUGAGAUGGUGGCAAGCUUUAAAUUGAUUUUAUCUACAUUUGACUGUGAUUAAACUGAAAUGGAAAUUGUGAUGGUUUUUAUGAGAAUUUCCUUGUUUUUCUGAAAUUGAGCAUGAUUGGAAAGAAAAUGAGGAUUUUAUUGAUUUUCUGGAAAUGAGCAUAAUUGAGAAAUGAAAAUGAGAAUUUCAUUGUUUUCUGGAAUAGAGCAUGCUUAUUUGGGAAUUGACUGAACUGUUUUGAUGAACUGAGAGUUUGCAAAUUCUGAGUUUUUUGUUAAAUCCAUGGUCAUAUGGAAAUUUUCCGGUUUAUGUCUGAGAUUUGAGAUUGAUUGUGAAUGAUGGAUUUUUCUGGAAAUCCUGCAUGGUUUUGUCUCGGAUAUAGUCAUGAUUACUGAGGCCCGCUAGUGGGAGCUGUAAACGCUAGCACAUGUCGACAUGUAUUUCUGUGGAACCGGUUCACCCUGCCUAUGGGGUUAAACAUUGGCACCAUUACUGACGCCUGCCAAUGGGAGUGUGUAAACACUGGCACUAUUACUGACGCCUACCAGUGGGAGUUUGUAAACACUGGUACCAUUACUGACGCCUACCAGUGGGAGUUUGUAAACACUGGUACCAUUACUGACGCCUGCCAGUGGGAGUUUGUAAACACUGGCCAUGACUUGUAGAUGAGACUACUGAACUGAGUUUUCUUCUGCAUGUAACGGUUUGUCAUGAAACGUUUUGUUAUUGAACUGGAUCUGAUUUCCGCAUUAAUGGUUUAUCAUUAAAAGUCUGUUACGCUUACAUGGUUUAUCUGGCAUGCUUCAAAGUUUUACCCAAGGGCUAUCCAUAUUUACUUACUGAGUUAUCUCAUAGUUUUCCUUGUCCACCAUUUCAGGCAGUGAAAGCGAGGACGGGGAAACCACGGGAAGUGACGAGUUAGAAGGCUAGCCAUUUUGAGAUUGAUAUAGAUUUGAGAAACAAAUCAUGAUCUUGUAUUUGGAGAUUUUAUUGGAGACUUAUGAUAUCAGAGUAAAUUUUAAAGAUUUGAUCUUCAGAUUUUGGUGGUAUCAGAGUGUGAUAUGAUAAGUUCCGAGCCUUGUGCACUUGUGGGACCCGUCUCACGAGUGCACGGCGUCUGUCGCGCCUCGGAUUUGGGUUCUGGGGCGUGACAGAUUUAGUGGUAUCAGAGCUUAGGUUUGAUUAAAAUUUCAUGAUGUGAGAGCCUAGGUUUAAAUUAAAUACCUAGGAUAUGUUUUGAACUUGACUAGUUAAUGGAUUUAGAACCGUGGUGAGACGAGUGAUGGGGUUAUACAAGGGACGAUUUUGAUUUGUGUUGCCUGAAUUUCCUGAUCUGCUUUGAUGAGGUAGUAAUUCAGUUAGUUCUUGUUAUUUGUCGUUGGUGAGUAUUUUUGGAAUUAAUCUUGCUCACUAUGCUCUUAGGACCUUGUUUGGAGCUUGGUCCCUUGUGAUAGUGUGCUUGUUUUGGUUGUGGAAGGAUGUAUAAGGCCUUCCACAUUAGGUCUGUUUGUUUGAGUAUUCAUCUGGGCAUUCAUACGUGAAUGCGAGCAUAGACAUACAUGAGCAUAUACACGCAUACACGCAUGCACACAUGAGCAUACAUGCAUCCACACAUGGGCAUUCAUACAUGCAUGCAUAAAGGCAUUCAUUCAUA